AUGCCCCAGAGCCAAAGGCCGACAGCAAGUUCUACCUCAGGGUCUGCUGUUGAUGAAGCGGCCACAUCUCAGCUGCCGCCGACGUUGGGCAGUGAGCUUUCUGCUACGAGCGUCUCGGCGCCCGUGAAGAGGAGAGCUGGAAGGCCUAGAAACGAUCCUACCUCAAUGAGUGCGCCCCCCGAAGGAAAUCCACAAACUAACGCGACUCCAACCCCAAAGUCCUCAAGAUCUUCAAUGGUUUUGAGGGAUAGGACUCCCAUGGUAAGAGCCGCCACCCAAGGGCCAAGGGAAGAAGGAGGUUCUGAAGGUGCCACAGACCCAAGGCUGCAGUGGUUUCUGGAAAAAAAAGCCGAGGGCCCGUGCCAAAGAUGUGGUACGGAGAGUAUCGAAUGCGUCCCUGGGGAUGCCUACGCAUGUGAACGAUGUUCUUCAAAAAAGCAAUCGUGCUCCUAUAUCCUUCCCCAUUCGAGGUCAGCAUCGCGAAAGACAGAUCCCAAAGGUGGAGAACCCGACUCUGGAGAUCCAGCGAAUGAAACGCCGCCGGUCCCAGAAGCAAAGGAGUGGGAAGAUCUGAAGGAGGCCAAACAGCAGUGGUUUAAAACUGAAUUGGCAAAGGGACCUUGUGCAAGAUGUGCUGUUGAGAAGGUUCAAUGCAUCAUGCCAAAAGGCAUAUACGCCUAUAGGUGUCAACGAUGUAUCAAGAGAAAGACCAGAUGUUCGUAUCUUCUCCCCAAUUCGAUAAUGGAGCUGUAUAAAACACCUCCUCAAGCUGAUGAACCGGACGAGGAGGAGGAUGAGACGUUAUCAGAACCUCCCAGUGCACCACCUGCGCCAAGCUCUGAGCUCCAAGAGGAACAAAUCAAAAUCAUUGAACUUCAAGCGCUGCUCGCGGAGGCUAAAGCUGAUCGAGACGAUGCACUGCGCAGAGGUGCUGAGCUGGAGCACGAAGCCAGGUGCAAAGAUGCGGUCAUCCGGAAGAUAGAGGGGGAGAAGAAGGCCGAAGCAGAUUCAAAACGGCGGGGGCUCAAACGGGCGGAGGAUCUCUACCUAACGGAGAAGGAAGCGAAGGAGCGGUUGGAGGAGGCGGUGAAGAAGCUCACGAAGGAGGUCGAGAAACUUCAGGAGGCAACGGAGUCAAACGACUCGGAGAGAGAGACGAGGGAUCAGGAAUUUGUGGAGUUGAAGGAGAAGCUUGAGGUUGCUGAUGGUCUGGUGACCGACCUCCGAGAGGACCUCGACGAGAGCAUGCUCUCCCUCCAAGUCCGCAUCGACGAUGAGGUGUAUAAGCUCCGCAUGAUAGCGGGGACCCUCAAAGAUUCCGAAGAGGGCCGCCGAAUCCAAGGAAGCGUGCAGAAACUGGAGAGGGUCGUCGAGGCUUGCAAGGCUCGUCGGAUCCUGGGUUCUUCUAUAGAUCAGAAGCCGUUCUUUGCCAAAAAGAGAGAGCUUGAGGAGUAUGGGGGCGAGGUGGUAGAAGUGGAUGGAGAUGGGCGAAGGUCAAAGGUCCAACGUGUGUCAUAG